UUUUAUAAUUUACUUUUGCUUUUUUUGCGGAGCUCCAUGAGUGAACUUCAGUGCGUUUGAGGCAUUUUUGAUUCUGUGAUUAGGAUGGUCCACAUAGAAAUUAAGCUUGUUUGGGGGUGGGCGGGGACAGUAUUCAUGACACUAUAAAAUAGUGCUACAACACCUUACUGCAGUGUGGCUGUGUGGUAAUUUGGUGGCUGUAAUAAUGGGGCUUAUGAACUGUGUGCUUGAGCUUUUAGCGCUGGUUGCAUUUGAUCAUGUGUACAGUGCCAGGCCAAUGGCUCAAGUGAUUCAGCCUCGGGUGCUGAGUCAAGAUCCUCAAACAGUUGAUUGUCCACUUGGGGAGCAAUUGAAUUCAAUCCAAAGUUCUAAUGGAGUUCAAUCUCCGAAGCCCCAGCUAGCCCCGGUUACUUCAAAUCUGGCCCCUUUGAGUAUUCAGUCCAAACAAGAAUUGCUGGGCCCAGUCAGGGAGCUGGCUUGGAAGUUCCCAAAGGUCCAAGAAGAGCCAGUACAGCCAGAUUUUAACUUUGAGUUGCAGCAGCCUAGGCCUUCUGACAGUGUAGCAGUCCAGUGUUGGGAAAAUAGAGUGCAUGUGGAAGUGAAGCAGGACUUCUUUUGUAAUGGGCAGCUGCUUGAGCCCUCUCUUUUAUCUCUAGGGGGCUGUGGUGUGGAGAGUGUGGAUGCAACUGCCAGAGUCCUGAUCUUUCACUCUGCGCUUCAGGAGUGUGGUAGUCAGCUUUUGGUGACUGAGAAUGAGCUUGUCUAUACCUUUACCCUUGAUUAUAGACCAGCUGCACUACAAGGCACCCCGAUUUUAAGGUCCAGUGGUGCUACAGUUGGUAUUGAAUGCCACUACCCCAGGAGACACAAUGUGAGUAAUGAAGUGCAGCCAGCUUGGAUCCCAUAUGCAUCUACCCAGAUUGCAGAGGACAUUCUUGUUUUCUCCCUGAAGAUCAUGACUGAUGACUGGAUGUUUGAAAGGCCUUCCGCCGUUUUCUUCCUGGGAGAUGUCUUAAAUAUUCAGGCAUCUGUGAAGCAGUACAACCACAUUCCCCUUCGUAUAUUUGUGGACAGCUGUGUUGCCACUAAAGGCCCUGAUGUGAAAUCUGCUCCAAAGUAUUCUUUUAUUGAACACCAUGGUUGCCUCACUGAUGCAAAGUAUACAGGCUCCAUCUCCAAAUUUCUGCCCAGAGUGCAUGAUGACAAACUCCAGUUUCAACUGGAGGCCUUUAGGUUCCAACAAGAAAGCAGUGGUGCUAUUUACAUCACCUGUCUUCUAAAAGCAAGUGCCGCUUCGGUGCAGGUUAACGAAAAUCACAAGGCUUGUUCUUUUAGUGCAGAUGGAUGGGUUUCUUCUGAUGGAAGGGAUGAGGUAUGUGGCUGUUGUGACACAAGCUGUGGAUUGACGACUGAUAGCGUUUUAAGCGAAGUUCCAGGUUUCCAGUGGGAAGCAAGAGCCCAGGUUGGCCCUCUCCAGGUCCGGGAAAACCAACUUCAAGCCAAAAAUGUGUGUUUUGAAAAGGUUUCCAUAAUGUCUCAAGUGACCCUUUUGGAUGAAGUCUCUCGAUGGGACCAGGAGACCUGUCAACAAGAACUCAAAACCGUCCUGCCCAAACUAAUUGCCAUGCAUCAUGACACUGACAGCUGGGAAGAGCACACAAAUAUUCUUCAGACGAUCACAAGCAGGUUCCUCCCUCAUCUUUCUUUAUCUGAUUUGGAGAAGGAAUGUUUCUCCACAGUUUUACCCAAGGUGGUAAAAGUGUUUGCCAGUCUUUUGGAAGAAAUCAGCAAGCAAAUUGGAGGCCUUUCUAGUCAGAACACAGAGCUGCAUGUGUUUUUGAGAAAUAUCUUGAAGAUGAUGGUCCAGACCCUAGAGUCUCUCUCUGGCUGUGUACGUCAUGUCUGUUCCUUCGAGGAGUCUGUUUCCUUUGAUACCAUUCGCUCUCUGCCCUCUUGCAUCCUCAGAGUCCUAAAGGACACCUUCCAGCACUGCAAGAACAGUGAGGUCAUGUACAGUGGAAGGCUGUCAUUGGUGGGUGAUCUGCUUCAGGGCCUGUUUAAAGAGGCCUAUUCUUUGCAGAAGGGCCUGAUGGAACUGUUGGACAAAAUUAACUUGGAGGACACUGCUUCUGAGGAGGAAGUGUCAGAUAUUGUCACAGUGAUUCACAGUCUGCUGGACAUAUGCUCGAUCAUAUCUGGAUUGGACAUUGCGCUACAUGCCAACUCAUGGAAAUUUAUCAUAAAACAGAGCGUGAAGUACCAGUCUCUAGUAGAAGAUCGGCUUCGCCAUACUGACAUAGCCUUCUCUUUGUGUGAAGACCUGUAUACAUCUGUCCAGAACUGUAUUGAGCUGGCCCAACAGAUCCAGCAGGCAGGACUACAGGAAAUUGUGCACUGUCCAGAAUACAAGCUUUUCCAAAAAGCCACAAAAAUGUGUAGGUUUUUUGCCAACACAUUAGUCCACUACACAAAGGAAUUUAAAGAAUUUCUUGCCAAGUCAUGCCGUCGAUUUCACCAGUUGUAUCUCCAAAUCCACAGCAAGUUCCCUCCCUCUGUGUGUGCCCUGUUUGUGCCCUCUGCCCUCAGUGAGGAGUUGAGAGUGGCGGUUCUGGUUCCCAUGGAUGUCAUGCUGACACAGCUGCUCUCUUUCCAUCCCUUUGCAGAAUCUGUCCUGGACCCAGAUCUCCAGUCCAGUACAGAAUUGUGUCUACCACAGUGUCUGCUACUGGUGAGUGUACUGGGUAAACUCUCCUCCCAGCCAGAAGAGGCGAUGCGGCUGUGGAGUGAUGGCAGUCAGUUUUCGGAGGAAACUCCCAGAUGGUCAGUGUUUGAGGCAGUGUUGCAUAGUUUUCGGCGGUGUAUGUUGGAGCGUGCCGUGCCGGUGUGGUUGCCGGGAGUAAUGCUUCAUGGCCAGGCUCAGGGUAGAGUCAGCCUGCACCAGCAUGUGUGUGUGCAUAUGUGUGCUUGUGUGGCUGUUCUGCCCACUCAACACUUCGCACCAUUGGAGCGGUCACUUUUAGCCGCCGUAUUGCAGGCAGACAUGCAGACGGCUGUCUUGGCAACAGAUGUCUGGUGCUUCCUGGCACGGUAUGGCACGGCUGAGUUAUGUUUUCAUCAUGUUCUCCUUAUUGCUCACCUGAUAAGGUCAUGUCCUGGAGAGGGUUAUCAGAUGUUUCACUUGGCCCUGCUGCUUAGACGUCUGCUAUUUCUCAUGACACCCAAGCACCAGGUGGAGUUUGUAAAGCGCUUCCCUCCCGCUCAGGAGGAGAACCUGUGUGUGUGGCGCCACACUCUGCUGAGGUGUCUGUGUACAGAGGCACGAAUGCGGGUGGAGGAAGAGGUGCUUGCCGGGGCUUCUGUUGUGCUGCAGGAAUUGGAGAAUAGCGGCUACAGGAUGGGAGAUAUACCGAGACUUAACCAGAUUCUAGGCUGUGUGCUGAUGUUGAUGGGAGGGAGUGACCUACAGGCUGAAUGUGUGGGGUCUUCUGUGAAGAUCAUCUCUCAGCUGUGGAGUCGCAUGAGUAGCAAUCAGGUGCAGGUUCAUCCACCUCUCCAGUGCACUGUGAAGUUACUCCUGUCAAUAUCAGCUGUCCUGAUCAAAAGUGUAGAUCAACAUGUCAUUGUUCAGGCUGUUUCCUGUUUGAGCGGGUUGACUAUCCAGAAAUGCCCAGAUGACCUACUUUUAGCUGCUUUGGAGUUCCUUGCUUCACUGGGAAAAGUAUUUAUUUCUCCCAAUAUUCAGUGCCAAGUUUUGCCUAGAAUCAGUGGUCUGUUCAAUGGUCUCCUGACUCACCCAUCCUGGCUGAUACUCCAUCAUGUCCUCGAGGCCUUUGGCCUCUUUGCAGAGAUAACCAACCAUGAGGAAGUGAUUUCUCAAACAUUGACAUCAGAGGAGAUCAAAACCAAAGUGUUAAACUACCUCAGUAAGAUUGUCUCACACCAGGAGUCUGAGGAAGCAAGACUCGGACGUCUGAAGGAGUGGAGGAGUGUAAUAGAGAAACACUGUGAGCGAAUGGAGUGUGAGGACAACUCACCUGUACAACCGCCACUUACUGAAGAGCCAUGUCCGAAGAGGGCAAGACAAGAAACUAAAGUAGAAGAGGAGUUUGAGAGAUACGUCCAGACAGCAGAAAGUGCCUUGAAAGCCCUGCAGGCAAUAGUGGGGCCAGGCCACAACCCAUCCCCUCCACAGUGGGUCAGGACCAGACUUGAGGUCUUACAGACACUGAUAACUCAAAUCAACACCACUACAGUAGAGGAGCACUGAUUCAACCACAACAACACCUCUACCUCUGGCUGCUUUUAACCUACGCUGCCUUUUUGUUCCAUGUCACUACAUUUGCUGAAGUCACCCAAGAUAUUUGUAUAGAAGUUUUUUUUUGUUUUUAUAAGGAAAAGUGUCACUCCAAAGACCAAAAAAUUGUUUAUUAAAUAAACUUCAUUAAAAUUUGUUUUGUUGA